GGCGGAGGUGGGUGUGUGAUCCAGCUGAUGCUCGCAGCCGCCGCUUCCUCCAUCGCUCCAUCUCAGCCACAGGCGAUAGCAGCAGCAGCCUUUGGAGCCACACACACUCACAUACACGCAUCGCCUCCAGAACCUCCCCGCAACCUCCCCGAACCGGAUCAAGGCGGGGAAGCCAGCCGAGGAGCAGCGGUCUUUUGCCGUGGCAUUUCGGAACCGCACGCCCGCUGCCCGCGCCGCUGCUAAUAUGUGUGCGCCCGCUGGUUGGCCUUGCAUCCCAUCCCGCCAUGGCGCGCUUGGAGCGCAGUCGGUCGAGUGAGGGGGGCGCCCCACCCGGGAUGGGCAGCGUGGGUAGCGGGGUGGCUGGCGAGCAGGAGUUCGCCAUGAGGAGCGUGGGCACCCGUACCCAGAACAGCCUCCCACGGGGCCCGCCGCCAACCCGCCGCGGUCUGGAGGACCGGAGCUACAGCACCGAGCGCCCGGCCCCGCCCACCGGCUCUGAGAGCACCGCCUCUAGCGACGAGCGAACCUACACCACCGACCGAACCGAACGCACCUUCACCACCGACCGCACCUACACCACCGACCGCACCGAACGCACCUACACCACCGACCGCACCUACACCACUGAUCGUACCUACACCACUGACCGCACCUACACCGUCGACCAGCCCCCGCUGCCCAGCGAUGGCCCCGCCCCCAACAGCGAGCGCCCCAUCUCCAACGGCAACCGCCAAGUCUCCAACGGCAACCGGCAAGUCUCCAACGGCAACCGGCCGAUCUCCAAUGGCAACCGCCCUGUCUCCAACGGCAACCGGCUGGUCUCCAACGCCCUGUUCCUGAACGGGGCGGGGCGGCGGGAGGUCCCGCCUCAGGGGGCCAUGGGACUGGACAUCUGCGGGAACAACGUGACGCUCAACAAUGAGAAGAACAGCGGCGGGCCCCCCCCUCAGUACAGGGAGCCCCCCGGGGCCAAGCUGGACAACAACAACCCCCCCAAAAUCCUGCCUGUGUCCGGCAAGCUGGAGCAGAACAAUGAUGGAUUGGUACGUCCCUCUGCCUUUAAGCCAGUGGUGCCCAAGAGCUUCCACUCCAUGCAGAACCUGGUGUGCCCCCCCCAGACGGGGGUGGGAGGGGGCCGCAGUGCUGGAGGGAGCGGAGCCCCUGGCAUGACCGGGGGCCACAGAGAGCCGGACAGUCCAGGAGGAGGGGGUGGGGUUCGGGGCGGGGGGCAGGGGGGACUUUCUGACUCGGGAAGGAACUCUCUGACCAGCCUGCCCACGUACGCUGGCUCGGGGUCAGGCUACGGACCCCCCCACCCCCUGGGCCCCCUCAGCGCCUCCACCAGCCACAUCAACAGACUGGGCACCACCGCCCUGGACAAGCCCGGGUACCAGAACGGGCUGAGCACCUCCGACAGCGGCCGCUCCUCCUCCGGGAAAAGCUCCUCCUCCUACCAGCGGCUCAGCCACCUGAGCGACGCCCCCGGGCCCCUGCGCCCCUCCCCCUCCUCCGAUGACAUCAUCCAGGACCUGGAGGACAGGCUGUGGGAGAGAGAGCAAGAGGUGCUGCACAUGCGGCGCAACCUGGACCAGAGCGAGGCGGCCAUCGUGCAGGUGUUCGAGGAGAAGCAGCGGGUGUGGGAGCGGGAGAUGGAGGAGCUGCGGCAGAACUACGCCGCGCGGCUGCAGCAGGUGUCCCGCCGCGCCCAGCGCACGCAGCAGGCCCUGCAGGCCCAGAUCGCGCGGCUGCAGCAGGACAAGCGCCGGCUGCAGGACGAGAUCGCCGCCCUGCUGGCCCACCGCGAGGACCUGGAGAGGAAGUGCCUGGACUACAGGAAGGAGCAGGCCGACAUCCUGCCCCGGCUGGAAGAGACCAAGUGGGAGGUGUCCCUUCUGAGGGACAAGCUGGGAGUCUUCGAGGCAGAGGUAGUGGGACUGAAGCGGGCUCUGGGAGAGCUGAGUGUGGGCGGGGCUGGAGGCGGGGCCAGGGCAGCGGGAAGGACCCGGGGGGGACUGCCCUCCCCCCACAGCCCCUCAGAGGCGGCGGCGGCAGCGGCAGCAGUGGCCGCCCUGCCCCCGCCCCCGGCCCCGCCCCCCGGCUCAGCCCCGCCCCCGUCCCUGGCCCCGCCCCCGGGCGACGCGCUGCUCAGCCUGCAGUCAGACGAGGCCAAGGUCCAGCGGCAGGAGGCGGGCAGCCUGCGGCGGCAGCUGGAGCGCCUGCAGGGGGAGCUGCGGCUGGAGCGGCAGCAGCGGGAGCGGCAGGCGCUCACCUUCGCCCAGGAGCGCCACACCUGGCAGGGCGAGAAGGAGCGGGUGCUCAAGUACCAGGCCCAGCUGCAGGUCAACUACGUGGAGAUGCUGCAGAAGAACCAGGUCCUGGAGCAGCGCAUGGGCGAGCUCAACACCAAGCUGGCCACCUCCCCGACCUCGCCGCCGCCUGCCCCCCUGCCCCUCAGUCUCCCCCUCCCGCUCUCCCUCUCCCCGCCCCCCGUCACUGAGGACAAAAAGCCCCCCGCCAUGCACCAGCUGGCCCCGCCCUGGCCCACCCCCUCCCGCUUGGAGAGGAUCGAGUCCACGGAAAUCUAAGACCUGGGAGUGUCCUGAUUGAGCCCCUCCAGAACACAUUCAGCUCAAUACAGUCUUACAGUAACAAUAUACAUCCUUUAACACAGUCCAAGCUCAAUACGGUCUAACAGUACCAAUAUCCAUCCUUCAACACAGUCCAAGCUCAAUACAGUCUUACAGUACCAAUAUCCAUCCUUCAGCACAGUCCAAGCUCAAUGCAGUUAUCCUACAGUACCAAAAUCCAUCCUUCGACACAGUUUGAUGCAGUUUAAUAUCACAUCUGCCAGUCUGCUUGGCAGUCCUAGGACACACUGCCAAAGGAACCACCAACAGAGGGGUGAAGGUUGAGGGUUGGAGGGGGGUCUCAGGAGGAGGAGGGGGACAGUGUGAUCAGACUGUUGGGGCAGGACUAAUGGACGUCUGGGGCGGGCAGUGCACAAGGCAGGGGAGGCUGGGAUUUUUGGGCAGGGAAUCCUGAAGUUAAGACAGAUCACACACACUUCAGCAGUGAAACUCCAACACUGAUGCUCUUACACUAACACUGAAGUUGACUCUAAUACUCCUGUCCAACUGGCUCAACAUUACCAGCUCGUACACACAGGAUACUGACAUGCAAAUAUCUCCUCCAAAGGAAGACUUCAGCACAGACACGCUGACACACACUCAUACUGACACACACACACACAGACGCGUACAAUGACACCAUUCAUGCAAGAAGGUUGCUUGAUCACUGUCAGGGAGGUCUGUGGUUAUAUUUACCAGUGCCACCACAUAACUCUCGGUACAGUAUCUCUGGCCCAGAAUUCCUAUGGUGUGUCAGACUGCAGUGGAACCGGAAUUUGGAUAGUUCACAUACGCCCUGGAACCGGAAUUCAGAUUGUUCAUACCUGUCCUGGAACCUGGAGUCGGAUAGUUCACACCUGCCCUGGAACCGGUAGUCAGGUUGUUCACGCCUGCCCUGGAACCUGGUCAGAUCGUUCAUACCUGUCCUAGAUCCUGGAGUCAGAUCGUUCACAGCUGUCCUAGAACCGGAAUUCAGAUUGUUCACACCUGUCCUGGAACCUGGAGUCGGAUAGUUCACACCUGCCCAGGAACCGGUAGUCAGGUUGUUCACGUCUGCCCUGGAACCUGGUCAGAUCGUUCAUACCUGUCCUAGAUCCUGGAGUCAGAUCGUUCACAGCUGUCCUAGAACCGGAAUUCAGAUUGUUCACACCUGUCCUGGAACCUGGAGUCGGAUAGUUCACACCUGCCCAGGAACCGGUAGUCAGGUUGUUCACGCCUGCCCUGGAACCUGGUCAGAUCGUUCAUACCUGUCCUAGAUCCUGGAGUAAAAUCGUUCACAGAUGUCCUAGAACCUGGAGUCAGAUCGUUCACACCUGUCCUGAAACCUGGAGUCAGAUAGUUCACACCUGCUCAGGGCUCUCCAGGCCAUGAGAACAAAUCCAGAUUAGUCUGAAGAAGUCACGCAGAGCACUCCCUUGGGCGAGACCAAAGGACAAUAUGGCAGCGCCCCCCUGUGGUCUGGUGGUGCCAAGACAACACAAAAUUCCCCAGUCGGGCACAUCCUCCGGGGCGACAGCAGUUCCAGUACUUCUCUGGUUCGAGGGGAGCUGGGGCAUGGCAGUUUGUUGGUAUUAGAGUAGGUGUAGAAGGUGUAGUGACCGUGAGGAGUUUUAGAUGGUGCAAAUCAUUUUUAGCGCAUGGGAGAGACUCAGGAGCAUGUCCAUUUGAUGUAUGAACAAAGAAAAGUGUGUGCUGGGGGGAAGAGGCAAGGAAAGAUGUAGGGUUGUGGUGGGGGCGAGCAUAUGUCUGUGUGUUUCAGGACGGGGGGGACAAAAGUGCACUAUAGUGCAUAUCAGGGAUGUUGGAGUUUUAGGGGUCUUAGGAGAAGGUGGGGGGAGCACAUUUCAGGUAUAAAGGAUGGGACUUUAAGUGAGGUGGGCAGUGUGAUAUUACUUAUGUGCUUUGAUAGGAUGUGACAUUAGUCAAAUUCAGACAAUGGGGGCAAUGUGCGAUCCAUUUCAGUGGACAGCAGGAUGGCGUUAGAGCCUAGCGGUGGAUGUGAGGAUGGUAUUAGCGUAUAGUGGUGGAUGUGAUGACGGCACUAGCUUAUAGUGGUGGAUGUGGGGAUGGCGCUAGCAUAUAGUGGUGGAUGUGGGGAUGGCAUUAGCAUAUAGUGGUGGAUGUGGGGAUGGUAUUAGUGUAUAGCGGCGGAUGUGGCGAUGGCACUAGCUUGUAGCGGUGGAUGUGGAGCUUGCAUUUGCGCAUCUCGUUCAGUGGACACUACUGCUUUUCAGGGACACCAGGGAGCAUGUCUCUCUUGCACUGUCAGCGGCUGCAGUGACUGAAGACAAACACCAGGGGGCAGAAUGCUUACACAGGGCUCCCAAUCAAAGGAAGAAUUACUUGAAAAUGACUUUCGCAUUUCUUUGUAUUGAACAGUGAUAGCGAACAAAAAAAAAAGGCUUCACUUUGUUAAUGUAAUACCUUGAUCUAUAUUGAUGUUUCUUUGGGUGCAAAGUAGGGCAAGUCAGGGAUGACAAAACUGGAACAAGACAGUCGUGAUGUCACCUGGCGGAGUGGAGAGCCACCAAUCACAGAGUAUAUUAGUAACAAUCAAAAUAACAAUGCCGCUGCUGAUUGGUGGAUUCUAAUUCCAGCUAAUAUCCAUAGGAAAUCUACACCAGCCAGAAAGGAGAGCUAGAAAGUGUAGCCCAGAGUGUAAAACCACCCACCAAUCACUGUCAGCAUUGCCCUAUUGGUUUUUUAACAACGUAUGCUGUGAUUGGUGGAGCUGCUCUUGCAAAGGUGAUGUCACAACUGCUGUCCUUGCUUUAUUAUUCCUGGGGGAACUGUGGGUUUAGUGAAUGUUUGUGUGGGAGCUGGUCAAUGAAGCUGAUAUUCUGUGUUAGACAACAGUAACGUGCAGCAGCAGAUAGCAGCGGAGCCAGAGGUUCUGAUUGGCUGGUGGUAAUAUUCAGACGUAGCAGAGAGAAAAUGCAUAAAAAAGGAAAUUGUGGAUAUAAAAGGAGAUUAUAUAUAGAAAUUAUAUAUUAAGAACUUCUCCCUCUAGAAGGCGCCAUUGAGUGACAUGGGAUCAGUGCAAUUGUGUGUGAAAGAAAGACGGAGUGCAUGUGUGUGUGUGCGCGCAUGCGCAUGUGUGUGUGUGUGUGUGAGAGAGGGGGAUUUUGUGUAUGCAUGUGUGUGUGAGAGAGAAAGAUAGUGUGUGUGUGUGUGCCUAUGAGAGAGAGAGAGAGAUAUAUAGUGUGUGUGUGUGUGUGUGUGUGUGCCUAUGUGUGAGAGAGAGAUAGUGUGUGUGUGUGUGCCUAUGUGUGAGAGAGAGAGAGAUAGUGUGUAUGUGUGUGAGAGAGAGAGUGUGUGUGUGUGUGUGUGUGCCUAUGUGAGAGAGAGAGAGAUAGUGUGUAUGUGUGUGAGAGAGAGUGUGUGUGUGUGUGUGUGUGAGAGAGAGAGAGAUACUGUGUGUGUGUGUGUGUGUGACAUGAGAUCCUGGCCUGUAUUCAUAAAGCAUCUCAGAGUAGGGCUGCUGAUCUAGGAUCAGUUUUUUUCCUUUAUAGCUCGUAAUGGGUGCGGUUAGGAUGUGGGCGCACGAAUCCUGAUCCUAGAUUAGCACUCCUACCCUGCAGCGUUAAAUAAACAUGGACAGCGGACUCGAGCUGUGGACGUGUGCGCUGCUGAAAACCAGGGCAUGUUUUUUUGAGUUCAUAACCCCAUCGGGAGAACCCAAAUUUCUGAGCUUCGAUCACGUCUUUUGGCCCCAGGCUGGAUCUCAUUAGAGUGGCUUUCCUGACAUCCUGUCGUGGUCAGACUGCAAAAACUCGGACCAGAGGGAGAGGAGGGAGGAAAAGGAGGGAUCGACGUGUAAACAAAGGGAAGGGACAGAGAGGAGGGAAAGAUGACAGGGGGAGAAACUGAGGGAUGAAACAGAAUCAGAUAUUGCUUUUAUAGUUAUGAAAGAGAGGCAGGAAGAGAGAGAGAGAGAGAGAGAGAGAGAGGAUAGUAGACAGGUAAAAGGAGAGAGAGAAGGAGAAGGGAUGGAUCAUUUAUGGCCAGAUUUGCUGCUAUGUUCUUCUGUUGUAUUCUGCUGUGUUGUUGGUAGAAACAGAGGUGGAUGUAUAUAUCAUUGUUAUUUAUGUGUACAUAUUUAUUCCAGUAUACCAAGCUAUUGCGUGUGAAUACUUUAAGAGGAUUAUCGUGACAUAAUGAAACAGACAUUUCAGCUUUUAUUUUUUAAACUAUAUGACUAUAUAUAAAUCUAUUUCCUUUCAAUCUACUACAUGGUACAAAUGAAGCAAACAUAUCCAAAAUCAUUGUCUCUUUGUUUACUUUUAUUGUUACUGUUAUCAAUGUAACUCUUGUAAUGUUUGAGAGAACAAAAUGCUACCAAUGUUUUUUUAAUAAUUAUUUUUAUCAUUUUUAUUUAUGUUACUGUAAUGGCUUGAUGGAAAGCAUACUCUAGCAAAAAUGAAUUUAAAUAAUAAAGACGUGAGUAAUUCAAUAAAACUACAUUUCCCAGA